UAGAUGACAACACUGAGCGGGAGCGUACCAAAAUUAGUGAGGGGGGGGUGUUUCUUCAUGAACGUCGGUUUAAAACAAAAAAUUCUGUGUGACACGACGUUUUUCUUCCUCUUUUUAUUUCUAACGCGCUUUAAAAAAAAUUUAUAGUCGCACAAACCAAAACCGACGGCGCUAGAAGCAGGUGAAGUGUUUGCCUUCCUGUCAGUACACCCCCGUCACCACGUGGCGCGGUGUUAGCGACCAGAAAGCAGGACUUGUUUUUCUUUAUCUGCGCUUUGCCCCAACACAUAUCCCUCCGCCAGGGUCGGGAGCUCCCGGAAGAGCAGAGCAGAGCGGUGUCUAGUUCCUGCUGCCGGCCUCGGACAGGUUUCCAGAGGAACACAGGGUUUAUUUAUAUUUCGGGGAGGGGGGGCCUUUGUUUUAGCUUCGCUCAGCGGACGGUCUCCGUUACCAGCCGCCCCCGGCCCCCUAUUGAUAUAUUACCGGUUACUGUGACAUGUCCACCCCGGCCAGACGGCGCCUGAUGAGGGACUUUAAAAGGCUCCAGGAGGAUCCCCCUGCAGGGGUGAGCGGUGCCCCCUCUGAGAAUAACAUCAUGGUCUGGAACGCAGUCAUUUUUGGGCCUGAGGGAACACCCUUUGAAGAUGGAACUUUUAAACUUACAAUAGAAUUCACAGAAGAAUAUCCAAAUAAACCACCAACAGUUAGAUUUUUGUCCAAAAUGUUUCAUCCCAAUGUUUACGCUGAUGGCAGCAUAUGUCUGGAUAUUCUUCAAAAUCGUUGGAGUCCAACUUAUGAUGUUUCUUCAAUAUUAACCUCUAUACAGUCAUUGCUGGAUGAACCAAACCCAAAUAGUCCUGCAAACAGCCAGGCAGCUCAGCUGUACCAAGAAAACAAACGUGAAUACGAAAAGAGGGUCUCCGCAAUAGUAGAACAGAGUUGGCGUGACUGUUGACCCUUGCCCUUGUUUAUGAACACUCUGAACGAGAGGAAAAUAUAUAUAUGAAGUGUCUGAGUGAUCUUCCUCUUGCUAGAAUCUUUGCAUUUAUAUUGACUGCAAAAUUGGCUGUCGUGCUGUCACCACCUAACCUGGCCCCCGGCUGAUGCAUUCAUUUAUAUAUAUUUUUUUUUUUUUCUCACUUAUAUAUUUUUUUUUUUCUUCUCUUCUUCCUCCUCCUCCCACCCCCCCUCCCUUCUUGGACACCUGAAAUUCAUGUUGCAGUCAAAUGUACCAUAUGUGGGUUACUUGCAAAACUUGCAUCAUUUAUAUAUUGUGUGUGUAUAUAAUUUGUUUUUAAUUUGUCGAGCAGUUAAUUUCACACCUCUCAGCUGAUCUUUAAAAAAAAAAAAAAAAAUAUCCCCAUAGUUUAACAGUCCAUAAAAUGUCUGUUUUGUAAUAAAAGGGACAUGAAUAAUGUGUUCAUACAGGAUAACAAUCUUCUUGAGAAAUCCUUUUUACAUUUGGAAUACAAUCUAAAGUACAGAGCCAAGGCUGUAUUAGACUUCAAUUUUAAAUAGCUUUUCCACUUUUUUUUCUUUUCAUUUAAUCGUCCUCUUCUUCAGAGGCAGGGAAGAAGAAAGGUUUGGGCUAGACAACACUGUGUCAAGGCUAGUGUUUUCUAGUUAUUAAACAGUUUAUUUUUUCAUAUCGCAAAGUGUGUGCAGAUAUGAACUGCUAGAAACAUGUCUGUUUAAACCUCCAGAAACAAAUUUGUCCUGCGAAUUCAUCCGAUUUGUCAAUCAUUGGAACAUUGAUCAGGGGACUCUGAAAUGCAUUGCAAGUUGUGACCUGCCCAAAACAUUGCUCUUGUAACAUUUUGGUGUGCUGUAGAAAUGAAGGGUAAAAUGAGUUUACUCGGCUUUUUAGAUUCACUGCUUUGUGCCGUUACUUGUAGUGUUGCAAGCCACAAAACAAAAUACACGUGAGUUACUUUCUUCAAGUUUUGCUGGUUAAGUUUGACCUUAAGCUCUAAGGCCCACAUGUGCAUUUAUUUGGUGACUGAGAAUGGUUUGCCAUGAUUACAAUUCUCGUAACAGAAUUAGAAGUAUAAAAGGUUUUAUAACAAACAAAAAAAUCUGAAUACACAAAUAUUGGUGUGCUUUUUUUUUUUUUUUUGAGGAUUUUACACGUUCUUUAUAGGUUUAUGCUUUUGCACAAGUAACCCAUGUAAAACUGUACAUUCUCUAAACUUGUAAAUAAAAGUGUAUCUACCAAA